CAACCAACCACCUCACUCGAUCUCUCAUCACUCGCAAGUCCAGCGAUCACCAACCAGAGCUCGGCUCCAAGCCUCCAACUCCAACCCAAGGAGACAGAUACGUUCGCAGAUGGCGGGUGCAGCGAAGGCGUCGUGGAUGGUGGCCAUGAGCGUGGGCGCCGUGGAGGCGCUCAAGGACCAGGGUGGCCUCUGCCGCUGGAACUACGCGCUGCGGUCCGUCCACCGCACCGCCAAGGCCAACGUCCGCAGCAGCCUCGCCGCGCAGCGGGACAAGGAGCUGGCCCCGGCGGCGGAGUCGAAGAGGCGGCCGGGCAAGGCCGCCGCGGAGGAGGGGAUGAGGACCGUCAUGUACCUCAGCUGCUGGGGACCCAACUAGGAGGACUAGCUAGGGUUCACUGUUCAGUUCAUUGCUGGUGCUGGGUUCAGUUCAGACCUGGCUGGCCGGUUGCCUCCUGCGAUUGUAAAAUAGGAAUACGGUCACGACGAUGAAUGAUGAUGACGAUGAAAAGUUCUGCCACUGUAUGUUUCAGGCCUGUGGGCUCAAAACAAGAAUUCGGUGGUGCUUGAUGGCUGAAACAUCCA